CAACGCAUACGCAUCGUUCCUCCUAAUGGCAUCAACGUUGUUUAUCGCUUCCUUUGCCGUUUUCCUGACGUUUACGUUUCUAACUCCGUCAACUUCCACGGAAGUCGUCUCUCGACUCGACGUCCUCGGAUGGGUUUGCAACAACGGCUCCGUCCCGGACUUGGAGGCUUACCGCAGAUCUUAUCAGAUCAAUAUCGACAAGACCAGAGAUGACAUGAGGAACCUCAAGUUCGGGACUCAUGAAGACGGUGUCCCUCCUCAGAAGAUGUACUUUUUGUCGCAAUGCGUUAGCGAUCUCUCGCCUGACGAAUGUAGUCUCUGUUGGUCACGCGCCACCGAUCUCCUCUUUAAUUGUUUUCCCUCCCCCGGUGGUCGGUUUUACCUCGACGGUUGUUUCGUUAGGGCUGAUAAUUACAGCUUCUAUCGCGAGCCUGUUACACGUCAAGACACCAAGAUAUGUGGUGGUGAUGAGUCGUCGUCGUCUAGAGAAUUCAAAGGCUUAGUAAAGGAAGUGACCAAGUCCAUAGUUGAUACGGCUCCAUACAGCCAAGGCUUCUCGGUGGUGGCUAGGAAGAGCGUACACGGCUUAACUGCUUACGGAUUAGGAAUAUGCCGGCAAACGCUAGACGAUGAGUUGUGUCAACUGUGCUUAGCAGAUGGAGCUUUAUCGGCAACUAGCUGCUCACCAGCCACAGAAGCCUUCGUCAUGAAUGCAGGAUGCUACUUGCGUUACUCUAACUAUACCUUUUAUAACGAACGUGAAUUGCUUUCUAUGAGUUUAACGAAAGAACAUGUUCUGCGUAUACUGGUGAUUUCUAUGGUGUGUGUCUUGGCUAUUGCAUCUGGAUUUUGGUGUGGAAAAUGCAUUUAUUUGGGAGCUAGUUCAAAGAAGAAGCUUAAAGGAACUAAGACUAAAAAAAGUUAUCACUUGUUUGGACAUCUAAGGAUAGAGAAGGAGUCAAAGUCUGUAUCUAAUAACUCAAACUUGAUGUGCUUUAAGUAUUCAACUCUUGAGAAAGCAACCAACAACUUCAAUGAGAGUUGCAAGCUUGGUGUUGGAGGAUAUGGUGAAGUCUUCAAGGGAACUCUGUCUGAUGGCAGAGAGAUCGCUAUAAAACGUUUGCAUAUAUCAGGAAAUAAGACACGAGAAGAGAUUCAUAAUGAAAUAGAUGUGAUUAGCAGAUGCCAACACAAGAACUUGGUCAGGCUUAUAGGUUGCUGCUUCACUAACAUGAAUAGUUUCAUUAUUUAUGUGUUCCUCGCUAAUUCAAGCCUUGAUCACAUCUUGUUUAACUCGGAGAAGAAGAAAGAGCUAGAGUGGAAGAAGAGACGGGCAAUAAUCUUGGGAACAGCAGAAGGGUUGGAGUAUCUUCAUGAAGCUUGUAAGAUCAUUCACAGAGAUAUUAAAGCAAGCAACAUUCUGCUAGACUUAAAGUACAAACCGAAAAUCUCAGAUUUUGGUUUAGCAAAGUUCUAUCCAGAAGGUGGCAAAGACAUCCCUUCUUCCUCUCCCUCUCCUUCUCCCAUUGCUGGCACACUAGGAUACAUGGCUCCUGAGUACAUUAGCAAGGGCAUACUAAGCAAUAAGAUUGACGCUUAUAGCUUUGGAGUCCUUGUUCUUGAAAUAACCAGCGGUUUUAGAAACAAUAAGUUCCGGUCUGAUAACUCCCUUGAAACCUUAGUUACUCAAGUCUGGAAAUGUUAUGCUUCAGACAAGAUGGAGGAGAUGAUAGACAAAGAUAUGGAAGAAGAGACAGAUAAGACAGAAGUGAAGAGAGUGAUGCAGAUCGGUUUGUUAUGCACACAAGAGUCUCCACAGCUUCGUCCAACAAUGUCUAAGGUUAUAGAAAUGAUUAAUUCUACGGAUCUUGUAUUGCCCACUCCUACAAAACCGCCGUUCCUUCAUGAUUCUAUGUAGAAAAUCAUAUUCAUACUUUUUGUAUAAAUCCUCCACUCUUCUUACUGUUCAUAACAACACAUCGCAAAAAGUGUAUUUCGUUUCAUAUUAUGCUAUUAUUUAUAUUUUGUUCUCCUAAUUAGCCCAGCCCAGGCCCAGUUUGAAUUAAACAUAAACAACAACAGUUAACCGACAAGAAGGAAAUAUAUUGAGAAAGAAGAACCGAUAGAGUUGAACCAAGUUGUAUGGUAAAACCUAGGUAAAACUGUGACCGGUACACUUACUUAGAAUAUUUUGUAUUUGUUUAAAAAAAAAUGACAUACAUGGGAGCCAGCCGUCGUGACACAUGAUGAUUUUAUGUCUGGAAAAUAUGAAUACAUGAAUUCAAAUUUGUAGAUAUAUAAACGCAACUAUUAUCCUAUCAUAUUCCAGAAAGAUUAAACAAUCAUCAAUGGAUCUUAUUUCAGCAUAAGUGUUUUUAGUGAAAAUCAAUUUCCAGAAGCGUUUAGUAAAUAAAUCACUGUAACAAUAUUGGGUGAGGGUGAUUGGGAAUGGACACAGAUCGAAUACUACGACAAUAAUUUUUAGUAUUUAUAUUUUGCUUUGUACUUAACGGAUAUCGAUGUGAUUUUCUUUGUAAAAAUACGAAUAUCCAGUUUUCCGGAUAUCCAAAACAUUUACAGAUAUUUGCAAAUAUUUACGGAUGUUUACGGAUAUUUCAACACUUUGUUCAAUAUAAAAAAAUUAGAAAAACUAUACAAAACUGUUUUAAAAUAAUAUAUUUUACAUAAUAUAAAAAAGUAAAGAUUAGUGAAACUAUACGUUCCAUAAAUUAAAAAAAAACUAUUUUUUUUUUUUAUAAAACAUAAAGUUUUAGAAAAAUUGUAAUUUUAUAAAAUAAUUAUAUUCCUUUCUAGUAACUUUGUAAAUAAAAUUUCAUGUAAAAUAAUAGUAAUAAAAAAUUAUAUAAAGUUAGAGCGGAGUGGAUAUCCAAAUCUAAAUUUUUUUUAUUUGUAAUUUGCUUUGUUUUAAUCGAUACUAAAUUUUAAUAUUUGUUUUGCUUUAAAGAUUUACGGAUCUCUAAAUUUUUUGCAUCAAAUUAAAACAA